ACGGGCGAUGGCGCGCGUUUCCUCUCAGUCGUUAGCUCGGUGUCUGCAUCGUUCGCGUCAGUGCGCUGUUUUGUGGCCGUGUUUGCGUCUCCAAGCGUGCGAAUUGUGCCUUUGACACGCCCCGGGACCUUUACACUGACCGCUUGCGGAUCGCCCCCAGUAUGACACUCGCGUUCAGCUAACCGCGUGCACCGACUGACCGGUGCUGCGGAAACGGACGUGACGCAAGAAACCUGGGGGCGGACACUGUUUCUAAUCCGCGAUGGAGUCAUCCCAGCGUCUUCACCGCCGCCCGGUAGACGAGACGUGAUGACGGAGAGGGCGGUCCUCAUCAUCAAGGAAAGGCCGUUGAAAACCUGACCCAAGCCAGUGACCAUGGCCCGCAAGCAACUCCUGGUAGCCUGGAAGGCCCUACGGAGGGUCCUUCUACUGGUCUGCGUCUGGAUGGGCGUCUGCUACGCCGUGUUCCACUUCACUCACGGAGCCGGCAACUCGUUCCUCAUUGGGCCCUUUCAGCGAUCCUUGCUACAAACAGCAGCGCCUCCUGAACACCAUGUACCCGUGGAACCGGUCAAAUCCGUGCCCACCUCGAAACCCGAGUCCUCCACGGCUUCGCAACGCGACACGACGCCCGACAGCAAAGCACUCCUAAACCUGCGUCCGCACGUCGACAUAUCUCCUUCCGUCUCCAUGAAGGAGUUCCUGUCGAAGCUCUCGAACAUGUCGAACAUACCCAGGGCCUACUGGGAGAACGGUCGCAAGCCUCCCAUCAGCUCCAAGAGUUGCGUCAAGUAUCCCGAACUGUACGACCUGUCCUUCAACAACCUGUACUGGCAGAAGCUGUCCGCCCGGAACGGCACCUUCUACAUCUACGGCGCCUACUUCGACAACCGGGUGCGGGUUGGCAACGUUCCCCUGGUGCGCAUCCUAGUCAUGGCCGACAGGAUAAAGCCGCCGCCGACGUUGUGCCAGAUGUGGUACAACAAUGGAGCCUACCCCACCAUCUCGACCACCAAGUACACCUACGCCUGGUACUCCAAGUGGGGCAACUACCAGGACGGCAUCCUGCAGCCGUUCAUCGUGACCUGCAAGGCGCCCUACCUGAACCCGAAGCGCGAAGCGCCAAUGUCCGUCUCCUUGGUUGAGAAGCAGUGCGACAAGCCCACCAACAACGUGCGCGUCGUGAACAACCGGCCGGCCGUCAAGCAGGACUUCGCCGUGUGCGUCAAAGGACUGGACUUCCUCAAGGACGACCUGAGCGUGCGCCUCAUCGAGUGGAUCGAGCUGCUCAACAUCCUGGGCGCCAAGAAGAUCUUCCUGUACGAGCUCGAGAUCCACCCCAACAUAUCCAAGACGCUGCAGUACUACCAGCAGAAGGGACUGGUCGAGCUCACGCCCAUCACGCUGCCCGGGGGCCAGCCCAACCUGCCCGGCCUGCGGCACAACUUCCUCAGCAUGAAGCUCACGCACAAGCGCCAGAACGAGCUGAUCCCGUACAACGACUGCCUCUACCGGAACCUCUACUCGUACGAGUACAUCGUCCUGCUGGACAUCGACGAGGUAGUCAUGCCCGUGCAGCACCGCACCUGGAAGGAGCUGAUGACCGACGUCGUGCCCAUGGCCCUGCAGCAGAAGAACUACACGAGGGCCAGCUACAACGUGCGCAACGUCUACUUCCUCGACGACAUGAUGAACGACGAUGCCAAGCACACCGUGCACGAGGUGGGCAUCCCGGGCUACAUGCACAUGCUGCAGCACGUCUACCGCGCCAAGAACUUCACCAAGCCCGGCUCGUACGUCAAGUGCUUCCACAACGUGGAGCGCAUCGUGUCCGUGCACAACCACUUCCCGCUCAACUGCUUCGGGACGUGCACCACGUACAGCAUCGACACGCCGUACGCGCAGCUGCAGCACUACCGCAAGGACUGCGUGGGGCCCCUGAAGAAGAGCUGCAACAGCGACUUCAAGGUCUACACCGUCAAGGACACCACGAUAUGGAGGUACAAGGACGAGCUCAUACAGAGGGCCACCAAGGCGCUUAAGGACCUAGGCUUUUUCUCAUAGCAUCUAGUGAUCAAAUUUUAACAUUACGCAAGAACACAAACGAUACAACGUGCCAGGACCACGUCUGGACAUGCAGUGAUUCGAGCGCGUGCUUUCCGGCUUCGACUUACUGCUGGAAAGCGGCGUCGCAACAAGUCGGGACUCGGCAGUGUAAUCCACGCAGCGUCCUGUGAUCGAGGGUGUGGUGUCGCUUGCACAGGGAGUCCCUGCCAGUCGUUCGUGUGCCUGCGGUGUGCGUCUGUGUGUGUGUGCUGUGCUUUUCCAUGCGGCCUACAAGUGCGAAUGUUUGUGCGUGUGCGCCGGGGGCACUUAAGGACAUCGGUCGCGCUGUGUCGUAGCGUCUAGUGAGUCUCUGUGUUUGUACGCGUGACGUCAGCUCGAGCGCCUCUGGUUUAGUGCCUAUAACGUGCUGCCCUUCGCUUAGUGCGUGGUUACAGACUGCGAAAGGUAACCCUGGACUCUUAAGGGGGAGUACGCGCGUCGCUUCUCACCGACUGCCUCUAGUAAUUGCGAAUCGUACUGUUGUGCGGGGAAACCUGCCUGGACGCCGUGUGCUUUAUGUUGUGCCCGCCUUAUCUGGAGUGUAUUAGCACCUUUAUCGACGUUCUUUUUUUUUCAUGUGCCAUAGCGUUCCUGGUCUGCCGCGCGCGUAGUAAAAGUAUAACGACUGAUGGUGUCACGCGUUGAAAGGAAGCGUAUACGUUUUUGGUUGAGCCUGGUGAACACUUGAGAAACUUGUUGAAUCUUAUGUUGCUAGUACUGUCAGUCUCGUUUGUCAAGUAUUUUUUUUUUUCGUCAGCUGUACAGACUGCGUCCCGUUUAUGGUGCAAGUUGCGAAUGGUGUUUUUUUGUCACAUUGUACAAAGACUAACACUCAUUUGUGACGUAAGAGUCCUGCAGAUUGCGCUUGCAAUUGUUGUUUUGCGUGAGUCGCAGCCAUGACGCAUUCAUUCCGAUGGUUCUAGAUGGCAUAACUGUGGUCGCGCGAUCUUUUUUUUUUUUUAUGCCUUGUUUAAGAGCGCCUGGUAGAUGUUUUGGUUUAGUUAUCGCGUCGUUGUUCUCACUUAAGUGUGAUCAGUGCGUCACACCAUUUUUUUUUCUUCCUCCGCCUUUCCACCUGCCGUUGCGUCGCAGAUGUGUAUUUAUUACUGUGAUUCCGAGCCCAGGACGUGGAAACCUCGGGCGGGCUUAGUUUAGGUUUAUAAACUGGAGUGGCAUCAUAGCUGCUCCUGCCCAGUAUUCAGCGCCGAUGUGUGGCGUCUUUUUGUACAUAAAAGAAAAAUACAUUCAGGAAAAUGUUCUUUCGAAGAAACGUGCUGGUCAUAACUGAGUUCAUCACUGUAGGAUCCUUUUUUUUCUUUCGUUUUUUUUUUUGAGGGGGUCGCACGAUGUUCGUCUACGAACAUGUGUACGCAGGGGGGCGUGGCGUAAUCACGUGACAUCCGUCUCUACGAGUUGUCGCUACAAUAAACGUUUCAUUUGUUUAAAAAAAACUAACCGGCCUGCUGCUGUGCCUUGCUUGUGCUGUGGCGUUUGCCAGUCGAACAGCUCAAGAUAUAUACUGCACGAAGGCUAACAGUGAAUCCUUUCCUCUCCCAUGUCGAGUUAUGUCUCGCUUUGAUGCUACUCGACGUGUUUUAUCAUCAGAAAACGUGUGGAUUGGACGAGCGCAGACCACCGGCUGUGCGCGACUCGCAUAGAGAAGUGAACAACUAGUCCUCAACGAUGUACUUGGGAGAGUAUUGCUAUGUAGACUCUAAACGUCUUAGCAUAGUAGAGAACAACACUUGCGAACACGCGUUUGGACGUACAGUCAACCGCAAAAGUUUACGGGACGCAGGAUCUGCCAAGAAGCUGAAUUCUCGCGAAGUGUGGUCACACAGCCUCGAUUUAAAUGUUCCAGCAUGUAGUAGCCUACGCCGCCUACGCAGUGAUUCAUUAAAUGCCAUGCCUUAACAGUGCAGGUAUUCACAUUUGAAGGGGAAACUGCAUCCCGUAAACUUUUGCUGUUGACUGUACAUUCGGGCAACAUGUUUUACUUUGCGGUCGAUGGGAGUUGUCCAAUUAAAACGUGGCAUCGCGGGCCGAUAGAACGGUGCGUAUGACAUUUUUUUUUUUCAGCACUGCAAUAAAAAUAGUCCGAAAAACGAAGCAAAUAAAACUAUGUGCUUUUCUUUUUGUAA